GCUGACACCCAGAUGCAGCACCCAGGCAGGGUCUCCUUCGAGUUCAUCGAUAAGAUUCGGUUGAGUGACUCCGUCUGCUACGUGAAAGCUGCUUUUCCUCUGCUGGGGAAGAUCCUGGAGCGAACGGAAUUCAAGGAGAACUCAUCCAAUGCCAAGAAGAUGCAGACGGUGCGCAGGAUGUACAGCCGCAUCGACGAGAACGUCGACCCCUGCAUCCGGGAGGAGGAUGAUGAGGAGAGAAAGCUCUCACAAAUGUGCUUUGAGGAGUUCACCACCUCCCCUUACGAGAUGCUGGUGCUGGUGAAGCAAUUCUUCCAGGACAUCAACCAGCUGCUGCAGAACCAGGAGACCUUCGAGAAGGAUUGCAGCCAGGUCUACCGCAAGACCUGCUUGGGACCCAGGAAGGCUGAAUCCUCACCAGGUGUGGGGACAGAUCCUGACUGCAAUUGCCUGUCCCCU